AUGACCCGCGGACUGUCCGUGGUCUUUGGGCGGACCGUCCGCCACUAUAACUUUGCGGCUGAAAACUUCUCUGCAGAGCCUCUGGGUAGAGUCAUUCAUAACUCCUCAUCUGAAUGGCAACAAAUCAAGGAUGCAGUUGAGAAUGCUCGAUAUGUGUCAAUAGCUGCUGGUGAUGAACUCGAGGAGAUGAUUUGCACUGAGGUGCUUGAAGCCCUUGAAUUGAGCCAUUGUCUAUUCCUGAUGAAUUAUGUACAUGGCUCCCCUCUGUUUGAGAAUAAAGUGCCAUUUGACUCACGGGAAGCUGCCGAGAAAACUGCUGAAGCAUUAGGUAGGGUCUUAAUACUGGACCUAGUAUUGAGGAAUGAGGACAGACUGCGAUGUCGUGUCCUUGGUUGGCGUGGAAAUUAUGCAAACCUACUUGUCGCCAACAAGGAAGCUUAUGCAAACCUUGACUCACUAGAUGAUGUUUAUGAUUCUGCUAUCAUUCGAUACAAGCCAGAGAUCAUCAGAAGCCCUCAAAAACAGAAGCAGAGAAGAGCUGUUUCAAUUAGUGGCAGUAUCGGCUCAGAUGUCUCAGACCUCAUAUUGGAGGACUCUUUUGUUCCUACUGAACCUGAGUUUUUGAGCUUUAAUAUUGUAGCCAUUGAUUCAGGUGUACCUCGUCGGCCACCUGCUGGGAAACGGGCAAAAGAUCAAGAGAACUACCCCAAACUAGUGGAAUUAACACUCAACAACUUCGACUAUUCUUCCAAACUUUUAUUUGAGGUGUCCUUUGGAAAACUUCGUAUCCCAGGAUCUGAAGGAUUUGAUGUGUCAUCUGAUUAUAGUUAUAAUUGUCCUCUCUCAGAGAGUGAUAUAGUAGCAAUAGUGCAUUCAUUCCGAGGAGGUUUUCAGAGUGCCCUUAGGGACCUUCAGCGAUUCCACAUUUUCCUCAUCACACUCUAUCAGAAGUUGGAUGGUCUAUUGAAAAUUUUCUUCAAUCUUAUGUAUAAAGGCUCCAAUGAAUAUGACAAGGAGGAUUCUAGUACUUCUGAUUCACCUUUGUGUUUAGUGGAGGCACAAGCAGAUUCAAAUGAUACUGAUGUUCCAAGGAAUCUGCGUAAGCCUUCCCGUACCUUAUCCCGUGACAGUCUUGACCUAUCAUCUCCUUCCUGUCGAGAGAGCUUCAUGACCAAACAUUUCAAAGGAAAUGGUGAUGCAUCUCGUGGUCUUCGAUUGACAAUGAAGCUACGGGAUUUUAACAAGUAUGCCAAGGUAGACAAUGAAUUAAGUAAAGAGAUAGAACAAUGGAAUGACAUGAUGAGGACUGAAGUAGUAAAGUUGUGUCAAGACAACAGUUUUAACACAGGUUUUUUUGAAGGCACUGAUAAUAGCACUGCUGUUGAUGCUUACGAGUUGAAGGUUCGACUAGAGCACAUUCUUGAGAGAAUUUCUUUGAUUUCCGAUGCUGCAAGCACUGAGCGUCCAUCACAGGUCAUAGAUUACCUAUAUAUUGGUGGUGCUUUAACUGCUCGGUCAACACACACACUUAAGCACCUUGGCAUCACCCAUAUAUUGUGCUUGUGUGCAAAUGAAAUUGGACAAUCAGAAUCUCAGCGGCCAGGCCUUUUUGACUACAGGAAUUUCUCCAUAAAAGAUGAUGAUGAUGCAGACAUUGGUAAUGUCUUUCAAGAUGCUUCUGAUUUCAUUGAUUACGUGGAUCACCUGCGCGGCAAAGUACUUGUGCAUUGCUUUGAGGGGAAAAGUCGCAGUGCGACCGUUGUUCUUGCUUACCUAAUGCUGAGGAAAAAUUUUACUCUUCUGAAAGCAUGGACCAUGUUGAAGAAGGUGCAUCGACGUGCGCACCCCAAUGAUGGGUUUGCCAAGGUCUUGUUGGAUCUUGACAAGAAGCUGUAUGGGAAAAUAUCCAUGGAAGGGCAGCACAAGAGGCCUGCAAUGAAGAUGUGUCGCAUCUGUGGCAAGAAUGUUGGUCUCAGCAGCAGCUCACUGAAGCUCCACCUUCAGAAGGCACAUAAGAAGAUAUCCUCUGGGAGUGUGGACAGCGCCAUGAGUUUGGAGAUACAUAAAGCAUUAGAGGCGAUAAAGGCUGGUCGAGGUGGCAGCGACAGCCCAACGCAGAAAUCACAAUCACACAUAGAAGGAUUUUGAUGCUUGAUAUGAGGCUCCCUCAUGUAAUGAGGCUUACCACGUACAAGGUUUGCUAUGAAUAGCUACUUUCAGAAGAAAUUGUUCUGCGCCUAAAUUUAUGCAUGUGCAAGUUGCAGUUUUUUUUGUUGAGAAGAAACUGUUCUGGCCUAAAUUUUGGCAUGCGUAAGUAGCAUUUUUUUUUGUACAUCUUACUUUUCUAUAGUUCUUGUGCUUUAAGUAACAAGAGCCGUCCAUGGAAGGA